CACKACACGACACGACACGACACGACACAUCGCGACACAAGAAAACAAAGCACCAGCAUGCCGCGGAAGGAUUCGUCCUGGAUCGAGGCCAGCGGCCUCUACGGCACCUGGACGUUUUCUACGGAGACCAUGACGGACGUUGGAUACUACAAGGGGACCGCCUACGUUGUGAUGCACCUGAUGCCGGAUCCGAUGCAGGUGAAGAGCUGCGCUCUUGGAAACGGCGGGAGCACCGAGGGCAAGAGCUGCCGCGAGGCCGACAACAAGGCCUGCAGCCACGGGGGGGCCUCCGGGGACGAGCGGGAGGAGUGCGUCGAUACCGAAACCAGUUCGCUGGAGUGGAGCGAUGGUGCGUGAUAGUUUGUGGUCGUCUCGUUGCUGCCGCGUCUGCGUGGUUGCACGUGUUGUUGUUUUUUUUGGUUGUUUUUGCUGUUGUUUGGUCUCCGUCUCCCCUUUCGAACAUAUUAAGCGAUGUCUGAUCAUUCCUGGAUUUCCUCACACGUGAUUUUCCGUUCGCCUACUGUAAACACCAAAAUGCUGUGUAUAAUGACUACCUGGAUUAUGUUUUGAUCUACUGCUUUGGACUCUCGCAGUGACCGCCUUUUUCCAGUUCGGCUUUCGGCUCCGAGAAGGAAUCGUCAAAAAAUCCUACCACACCAUAAAUACGUCCGAUUGGUUGGGACCCUACAACUUGAUUCUUGCUCCGAUCGAAAAGAACCACUUCCAGCUCACCAGCGCUUCGGAGAAUGUGCAGCACGUGCAUACCACGAAGGAGCUGUUCGUUUCUAGGUACGUCAACACUCCCUGGACGUCCACCCAGCUGCAGCGGCCCUUUACGACCGCGUCGAUCUUCAACUUUGACGAAACCGUUCUGGAAACCGUUGCAGGGACCAUCGCCAUCAACGCGACGAUCCACGAGCAAAUCAAAUGGAGGGGAGGAACCAACGACGAUCCGUACGAUAGAUACUCGAAGACAUGCGCCCAUGGAGACCUGAACCCCCUGCUGCCGCGGAUCCAGAUCGAGAAAACCGUCACCCAAAAAUCGGCUGAGGCACCAUCCAAGACGAGCUAUUCUAUGGCGGUUGAUUAUUCCAUGCUCAGCGUCCCCGUCCACGGAAUAGACGAUCUAUACAAAAAGUGGCCGUCCUUCAAGCGCCACCUGGGAGACAAGUUCCCACUGAACGGGCCGUGUACGUAACACAAUGCAAUUCAUGUUAGUGAUCGACAAUUGCUUCGUGGGGAGACCUGUACGCAUUCUCACAACGCUCGUCUUUUCCCCACCAUUUCUAUCCCUACACUAUGAUUCUCUUCGUCCACUGCCUUCUAACUUUCUAGAUUGUUACGGAAAGGACCCCAAUCGCGCCUUUGCCAUCCGCCUUUCGUACGACAGCACGGAAUCGAACACCACCUCGAUAUGGAAGGGCACCAAGGGUUGCCGAGCCUCCUUUCCCUGCUGGGAAGGCGACGCCUCGGGAACCGCCGCGCCGUCGGCGCGGAUCCCAACCGAUAACAACUCGCCGGGCGCGUACGUGCUGGAUCCGAUGGGCCUCGAGUUUGCGCUGCUCUACGGGAUGGGCUUUCUGCUGGUGGUAAGCCUCUUGUUCAACUGCCAGCUGGCCAAUCGGCUGCGGUCGCGGCAGGUGCUGCCGGAGCCCUCGCGGCAGCCACGGCCGGCGUGGAGCGGCCCGGGAGAUCCCGCCGCGAGUGGCAGCGGGAGCGGCAGACGAAGGAACAGCACCGGCAACAACCCAAGCCGCAACGAAUUGGAGGAACCGCUCUUGGACAACACCGAUGCUUCGGCCGGCGACGAGGAGCUGUUGGCGACUUCCUUCGACAACCCCCCAUCGGCAUCGCAAGUAGAGCAUGGAGUCGAAGGAUCUACGGAAGAGGGUGUCUAGCAGAGCCUACCGCAGGUGCCAGAGCACGUGGUUUUGGAUUGGUCUCUGUUCGAAAGCUAUGUGUGUGAAACAACAUGGGAUGACGGAGCAACGCUAUUCCUAAUGCACAUGUGCUUGUGCAUCGAAUAUACAUUCCUACUUCAU